AUGGCUAGAGUUUUGCAAAUGAAAAGUACUACCAGUACAGCAACAAUCAACACUCUACCGACUUUAUUUGCCAGGCAAGGUAUCCCAGCAGAAAUAGUGUCUGACAAUGAACCGCAAUUUCGUUCUGAUGCAUUCCGUCAAUUCAUUGAAUCCGAUGUCAUUCGACAUAUAACUUCUGCUCCAUUCCAUCCCCGGACAAAUGGCCAAGCCGACAGAUUUGUUCAAUCAUUUAAGAAGGCCAUCAAAUCCGCAUCAGAGGAUUCUGCUUGCAUCAACAAGAAACUGAAUUCAUUUCUGUGCAAAUACCGGAUCACGCCACAGGGAACAAUGAAUGGAACACCCUCCAUUCUUAUGUAUGGUCGCAAAAUACGCACACGUUUAGACAUGAUGAAUCCAAACGUAACUACAACUGUAGUGAACAAACAAUAUAGUUCUACGGCCAAACAUUGUGAUAGUGUUGUUCGAGAUUUCUCAAACAGUGAUGCAGUAAAUGUGCGCGACUAUCGAGCCAACUCAGAAAAGUGGGCUAAUGGACGCAUUCAUUCACAAACUGGACCUUUGUCGUACAAAGUUGACAUAAAUGGUACCUUAUGGAGGAUACACGUUGAUCAAAUAGUUGGAACCUCUAAGGAUCAACCCAGCAACCCAACUCCUAUAGUGACUGCUGAUAUUGCGUUUAUACCACCAUUCAAUACUUCUGGUACUACUGACUAA